AUGAAACUAACCUUUACCAAUCACACAUUCUCAACACUACUGAACUCUUCUUUUAUCAAUCUGCGUAGACCCUUUUGUUCUGCAUCACUGUUAUCAUCAUCUGCACCCGUUUCUGUAAAACCCCAAGUUCCAAUCUUUCUGAGGCCACCCAUUUACUCGACAAAAUUGAGUGACCUCAAAAAAUGGCAUAAUUGGGCAAAAACGGUUGCUUCUUCAAUUGGGUCAAGUUUUGUGCAAUCAGAUAAUGGACCUGACUCAGAGAUUUUGUGCAGGGAGCUCAAGUGGUUUAUUGAGGAUGUUGUUGAGGAUAAACACUCGCUUUUUUCCGAAAUGGGUGAUGGCAAUGAGAGGGUGAAAACGAGGGCAGAUAUAGAGGAAUUAUAUAGUUUGUGGAAGCAAAGGAUUGAAGAGAGGAAACCUUUUCAGUAUGUAGUGGGAUGUGAGCAUUGGAAGGACCUGGUUUUGAGUGUUCAAGAAGGGGUUUUGAUUCCUAGACCUGAGACAGAACUUAUUGUUGAUUUGGUUUCUGAUGUUGUGUCGAAGGACGGGGAUUUGAGAAGAGGGGUUUGGGCUGAUUUAGGGACCGGAAGCGGCGCUCUUGCUAUUGGGAUUGGUAGGAUUUUGGGAGAUGGUGGAAAGGUUAUUGCAUCGGAUUUAAGUCCGGUCGCCGUUGCCGUUGCGGCUUACAAUGUGAAGAGGUAUUGCUUGCAGGACAAAAUUGAACUAAGGGAAGGAUCUUGGUUGGAACCAUUGAAGGAUAUGGAAGGAAAACUCGCAGGCCUUGUAAGCAACCCGCCUUAUAUACCUAGUAAAGAUAUCUCUGGUCUACAGGCUGAAGUCGGUAAACAUGAACCUAGAGUUGCAUUAGAUGGAGGCAUUGACGGCACGGAUGCUCUUCUUCAUCUAUGUGAUGGGGCCGAUUUAAUGUUGAAACCCGGCGGAUUCUUUGCCUUUGAGACAAAUGGUGAGAAGCAGUGCAGAGAACUUGUUGAUUACAUGAAAAGUAAUAGAAGUGCAAGCUUAUGCAAUUUGGAAAUAAUUGCUGAUUUUGCUGGUAUUCAAAGAUUUGUAAUUGGAUUCCAUCAAUGA